AUGAGUAAUUAUGGGUACCUAACGUGGGAGUGGGCGCACGGCUUACGGGGCUACUCCUACCCCCUGAUCUUUGCAAGCAUCUACAAAGCUCUGCAGCUGCUGGCUAAGGAUGAUGUUCAGCUGCUGAUAUGGGUCCCUAGACUUUCACAGGCAGUGCUGGCAGCUUUUGCUGAUGUGAAGCUUUACUCAUUGGUGCGACACCUUGAAAAUGCAGAAACAGCAAAGUAUGUGUACUUCUGCCAGCUGUGUUCCUGGUUUACAUGGUAUUCCUGUACCAGAACUCUAACAAACACCAUGGAAACUCUUCUUACCAUUUUUGCUCUUUCCUAUUAUCCAAUAAAAGGUUCCAAGAUGGGAAGCAGUUGCAAAUAUUUAGCUUUGAUAGCACUUGCAAUUGUUAUUCGUCCCACCGCUGUUAUUCCAUGGAUACCUUUGGUCUUCAGUCAUUUUUUGCAAGAACAGAGGAAAACAGACCUUAUCCUAUGCAACUGCAUUCCAGUUGGAUUGGUCACAAUAGGAACCUCUUUAAUGAUUGACCGUGUGUUUUUUGGUGAGUGGGUACUGGUUCAGCUGAACUUCCUGAAAUUCAAUGUGCUGCAGAAUCUGGGAACGUUUUAUGGGUCUCAUCCUUGGCAUUGGUACUUCACUCAGGGACUACCAGUCAUCCUGGGUACUCAUCUGCCUUUCUUUAUUCAUGGCUGUGUGCUGGCACCAAAAAGGUAUCGCAUCUUUCUAGUGGCAGUGAUUUGGACAGUGGUGGUAUACAGCAUGCUGAGCCAUAAAGAAUUCAGGUUCAUCUAUCCAGUACUACCAUUUUGCAUGGUUUUUUGUGGAUAUUCUUUGAAACACCUGAAAGCAUGGAAGAAAUCUGCAGCAAGUUUCCUGCUUUUAUCAAACUUAGUCCCAGCACUGUAUACAGGCUUGAUUCACCAGCGAGGCUCUCUUGAUGUUAUGAGUCACAUACAGCAGCUCUGUAAUAACUCUUACCAGUCACAAGCUUUUGUCUUCAUCAUGAUGCCAUGCCAUUCUACUCCAUUUUACAGUCACGUUCACUGUCCUCUAAAAAUGAGAUUCCUUCAGUGUCCCCCAGACCUAACUGGAAAUGAGAGCUAUAUUGAUGAAGCAGAUGUAUUUUACUCUAAUCCACUUGCCUGGCUUAAUAAGGAGUUUUACAAUGAUACAUUAUUACCCAGUCACUUGAUCUUCUUCAGUGGGCUAGAACAGGAAAUAUCAUCAUUUCUAGCUUUAAGGGGCUAUGAGAAAACAGCCACUGUCUUUCACACUCAUGUACCUCAAGGACGAGUUGGAAGCCACAUCUACGUCUACAGGAAAAAAAAUGAAAUGAAUCAUACCUGAAGAUCAGUUUCUAGACUUAAGACCUAAGAUCAGUUUUGCAUAGCAGUACUAUGCCUAGAAGAUCCUGUAUUGCAGAAAGGAGAGAGUAGUGAGUCUGAAAUCGGUAAGUCAUAUGGGGAGUCUGAUU